AUGUCGCUCUCCAUGGCUGUGCCGCACGCGCUCUCCCUCACCAACUUCAACGACGCCCCUGCUUUUUGGGUCUCGGCCCUGAGCUUUGUGCUUAUUCCCGCGUUGUUGAUUUUCUGCCUUCAACUCAUUCCCAAUGGGCCUCCCAUCAAGGGUGUUCGUGGGCCACUCAUUGGGCGUUAUCUCUUCGGAAUUGACACUAAACUCGGCUUCCUCUCCGGCAGCAGUGCCUACAAAUUCAACGCCCUCCACAGAAACUACGGAAAAAUCGUCCGAUUCGCCCCCGGCCAGCUCUCAACAAAUACAAUCAAAUCCCUCCGCAACAUCUACGGGGCUGGCCUCGGAAAAAGCAACACCUUCCUCAAGACAGGCUUCUACCGCGCCAUCUCCAAGCGCAACAUCUUCACUGCCACCGAUCCCUACUACCAUGCGACUGUCCGCAAGCUCUUCAGUCCCUCGCUGAGCCCGGGGUGCAUGGCGGCGCAUGAGCCGGUGAUCAAGGGCUGCAUUUCUCGGUUCCACGCCCUCGUCAAGCAGCGCAUGGCCCGCAGCAAGGCUGUCUCUUUGAACGAUCUUUACUAUUCACUCGCGGUUGAUAUGGUCUCUGAGGUUCUACUUGGAAAGUCCCUGGGCUGCAUUGAACGAGGCCGACCCUUUUUCUGGACGGAGCAACUCCCUCGCAUCUUCUACUGGGCUACAAUCCGUGACCAAUUUCAAGGUUCUGGUGUGCCAACCCUCAUCAAGUGGAUGCUUCGUCAGAUCCUGCGCAAGGGUAUUCGUCAGAGGAGUGAAGAGGCAAGGAUGCGCCUGAUCCACGAACAACUGAAAGCAACGCACACCCGACGCGACAUCAUGGUCGAGGUCAUGGAACGCGCAGAAUCCAGCCAACUCCCGGAAGCCGAGAUUGCAGAAAACUUCUCGGCAAUCAUGCUGGCAGGGUUCCAUACGACCUCGCACGCCAUCUGUGCCGCCAUCUGGCUCGUCCUGUCGCACCCGGAGGUGCACGCGAGCCUGAAUUCCGAGCUGCGGACUGCGUUCAAAUCCGCGGAUGAUGUGUCGCUCGACGUCCUGCAGAAACUUCCCUGGCUCAACGCGGUCAUUACGGAGGCCCUCAGGAUCUACCCCCCUGUGCCGCUAGGAGGACCCCGGGUGUCUCCCGGAGCGUAUGUCGACGGUGUCUAUGUUCCCGCUGGUGUGGAAAUUUGCACGUCACUAUAUGCUCUGCAUCAUAACCCGGAAUACUUCAACGACCCCUCCAGGUUCAACCCCGAGCGCUGGAUAAACCCAGAGUCGACAGACAAGAAGGAAGCCGUGCAGCCCUUUUUGAUAGGCAGCCGAUCGUGCAUUGCCAAAUAUUUCGCGCAGCAAAUGCUCCUCCUCUCGCUGGCUUCAUUUUUCGUCGAAUUCGACGGCCAGUACGUCGGUCGCGUCAAGGACUGGACUCGCGAGAGCCGCUGCUACGCCUUCUGGGAACUUCCUGAUCUCAAGGUUGUUCUCCGCGAUGUAACCUCGGCGUGA